AUGCGGGCCUUCUUUACGCUUAGCCUGCUGGUUUAUCUUGUGUCGGGUUUAUUCGCGUUUGGGGCCUGGGUGCCUUUCGGUGAGCGCAAUACACAUGGAGGUCUGGCUAUCAUACAAGCCCGGGCGACAGACCCGAGCUCGUCGACAUUAGCAGACACGACCUCAACUUCUGACAGCACAACGGCAAGCGCGACACAUCAUGCUACGGCGACGGCCAAUUCGACUUCAACAUCAAAUGCAACGACUGUCGCAUCUACUACUGUCGCAUCGCUCAAUACGUCGGCACCGUCAAAAAAUGAGACGGAUAAGCCCGCUCCCGGAGAACUGCCUCUUGAGCCUUUGAUUACACCCGCAUUGGGAGUGAGUGGCUUCAUUCUCAUAGCUAGCGGUGCUUUUCUUGCAUUUAUAGGAAUCCGGAACUUGCGGGUCCAAGUCUUCUUGUCAACUGCAUUUUUGACCAGUUUAGGGGUCACUGUCCUCAUUGUCUAUGUGAUGAACCCCCCCGUUCGUGUCGCAAUACAAGGAGCCUAUCUUGUCGCGGUAUUUUUUACCGGAAUCACCUUCGGAGCCCUCUCAAUUGUUUUCAAAGAGCUGAGCGAAGGCCUUGGGUGCCUCUUGGGGGGAUUUUGCUGUAGCAUGUGGCUCCUCUGUCUGAAGCCAGGCGGCCUCUUGACGGAAACGGAUGCAAAAAGUGGAUUCAUAGGUGCAUUUUCGGUGGCAUUUUAUGCUUUAUCCUUCAGUCAAUACACACGCCCGUAUGGACUGAUGGCAGCAACUGGAAUUUCUGGAGGCACGGCGGUUGCCUUAGGAAUUGACUGCUACAGUCGGGCCGGUUUGAAAGAGUUCUGGCUCUACAUCUGGGCUCUCAACGAUGAUAUAUUUCCUCUUGGCACCGAUACCUAUCCAGUGACACGAAAUAUUCGUGUCGAGCUUGCGGCGACGGUCAUCAUUGCUAUCCUUGGUGUUGUUUCCCAACUUAGACUAUGGCGCGUAAUUCGGGAGAGAAGACACAAGGAUGAAGAGAUGCGCGCCGAGGAGAAGCGUAAGAAGGAGGAGGCCGAAGCCGAAAAUUCAAAGCGACUGGCGGAGGACAACAUGAAGGAGCGGUUAGAGUGGGAAGCCAAAUACGGCAAUAAUCCCAAUCCCAAUCCCAAUCCCAAUCCCAAUCCUGGACCGAACCUGCCAGAGCUCCCUGGUGAUGCUAAAUGCCUCGCGGAUAUUGAGAUGGAGAAGGCCGACGCGAUGGAGACCCUUUCGAGUUCCUCCGAGGAAUCUUACCGGUGCCCUGAUUGCCAAGAGCGGGCAGAUAAUGGCGAAUCUGCGUAUGCCUCUUCCAUUACGUCUGAUACAAGCGGAGCGACCGGAGGCAGCCAAACGCGACAAGAAGAAGACAUGGCCAAAAGUUUGGAUGGAGAUGAUUCAAGUCAAACGCUUGAGGACAAAAACGCCGCUCGUGUCAAAAGGUUUGAUGGCACAGUUGCAGCACAGAUGCGUGACGAGGAGAGCUCUGAUAUGACGGCCAUCGUCGGCUCCGACGCGGGCUCAGAUCGGGAUUCUGGAUGGUCCUGGGACAAGUCGUCCGUAAAGAGUAGUGUGAGGUCUGAUCCUCAGGAAACCCUCUUUUCUGCAAAGGGCGAGUCCUCGUCCACUCAUGGAAAAACGGACGCAAGGGACGAUACUGCUUCUGGUAGCCUAACGAUGAUGGCACGUGGUGGUGUUUUAGCAGAGAAAGCUUCAGAUGCAAGAGAAAGCACUACUGCUAAAGGUUUGUCCAGUUCUUACGAGACGUCCUCUUCUAAAGAUAAUGCCGGAGAUAAAAUGGACGACCGGAGUGUCUACUCACGAGAAGUGGAGGACCAAAAGCUUUCUCCGAUGCAAGAUGUUGGUGCAGCAAAAGAAAUGGGGCACGGAAGCGCGCUGCAGAAGGAAGACAGAAAGGAAUUUCCGGCAUUGCCUUCCUUAUCGCAGGUGAAGGACGAACCCGUUCCAGGUCAAGAAGAGCCCCUUAAAGAAGGCCCUGAACAGUCUGGAUCAACAGCAAAUACAAUCGUGAGCACCGUCUCAAUGAAGGACACAUCGCAGGCGAAUGUCUCAGCGAAUACGAAACCUGCCCCAGAUUAUAAAGGCCCAAAAUCCAUCGAAGCCCAACAACGCAGCCGCUCUUCGGAAACCGUCAGCUCCUCCCUGAAAUCCAAAUCAAGCACCGGCAAGCAGAAGUUCUUGGAACCACAACCCAAGACCAACAGCAAACCCAAGAAGGAGGAGCCGGUCAAAUUACAGGCAAAGGCUGUGAAGCACUUACCUCAUCGAGCAUCGAGGAUGGUCCAGAGCUACCGCACCGACGAAUGGGCAAAGCACUUGGCGGAUGCGGAAAUCCCUGAACCGGAACCUAUCGAGUAUGUUGAAGACGAACGGCACGAGGAUCCAUGGGAGGCCCAAGAAGCUGCGGCGCCUGUGAAUGUUGAAGAACUGCUGCAAACGCCUCUGAACGCACAACCGCCGCCUGCCCUUGAGCACACCCUAGGGCGCGAGCCGAGCAAUGCAAACGAGGGGCAUCUGUUGUCUCACGGAUCACAAUCGCGUCGAGACUCCAAAGCCAAACGGAGAUCAUCCAGAUCCACCAAGAGGCUUUCAGGAUUCUCCUCUAUGCCAGCAAGUAACCUACCCCAGUAUCCGCCUGCAGCAGCUCAACCCCAAGCCCCCCAAGGGCCAACGAAUAGCUUUCAGACGCACGCGAGCGCUCUGCCUCCGAUUAAUACCGCCGUCGAUCAACCCCGAGAGGAGACGGAACCACCCAAACCACAAUGGAGGGGUCCACCGGCCCUCUUGGACGUGCGGGAGGGCUUGAUGCGGAGCAGGUUAUCAUCUUUUUCGCUUGGUUCGGACCCUUGGUCCGCGCGCAGUAGUCCUGGGAUGUCACCUAUCGAGACUUCGCCACGGCAUUCUACUUGCCCCAUCAUCGAGGAAGGAGACAAUCUUCCGCUGUCUCAACGCCGAACCAUGCUCCAUCAGCAGAUCAUUCCAAUGACGCAGACACCGCCAGGGCGAUGGAACGGCAAUGCAGCCGGACCAGCUCCAGUACCAACCCCUUCCCCUGCCCCUGGCCCUUCCCCUGGGCCUUCUCCUACGAAUACACAGGCCACCAUGGCUGCGUGGCGGGAGUAUGUGCGCGAGGACUUGUGGGACAAACGCAAUCCGCUGGCAAAGAUGAACAAUCCCGUCGCCAGCACGGGGGCAGGAGACCGGAAUCCCUUCGUCCAGGCCGAUCGAAGUGCAUUGUCCGUCAAAUUCGGCACCCCGGUCGCGGAGAGCAAACAGCGAGGGGACAUGAGCGACCUGCAUCGAAACGCUAUGCGGCGUAUGCAAGCCAUGGCCAAUCGAAAUAUGAACGGGAAAUGA